UGAGGAGUCGGUACGGGGGCCCAUGGCAGAUUACGGGCCUGGCAGCAGCAAUGGGAGGCCCGUAACACUGUUCAACAGCACCCUAUGACAAAAUGGAACCCACCAGCAGUGUGAGGAGACCUGCAAGUGGCACAUGGCAGAGUGUGGCGAUGGAGACAGCAGCAAUGGGAGGCCGUACAGGGACCCAUGAGACACUCUGGACCUGGCAGCAGCAUGAGGAGGCGGUACAGGGGCCCAUGGCAGAUUACGGGCCUGGCAGCAGCAAUGGGAGGCCCGUAAUCUGCCAGCACCCUAUGACAAAAUGGAAACCCACCAGCAGUGUGAGGAGACCUGAAAGUGGCACA